UUGCUAGUCAUUAGGUUCCAGUUGUUGUUGUUGUUGUUUUAAAUAUACAGUGUUGUAAUUUUUGUCGCAAACGGCAAAAUCGCAACGUCACAUUCACGCGCCUGUGUUUUUGUUGGGCUCGGAGUCUCGGGGUCCACCGUGUGAAAUUGGGUUUGCCAUCAUGGUGGUGUUUCCAAGUUCACUGACGGAGGAAGAGGAGUCCCUGCAGAAGAAAUAUGCUAAACUCAAGAAGAAGAAAAAGGCGCUGCUCGCCUUGAAAAAGCAGAGUUCAACCAGUCAGACCAACCAGAGCGGCUUGAAACGAACGCUGUCGGACCAGCCUGUGGUUGACACCGCAACCGCGACAGAGCAAGCAAAGAUGCUAAUCAAGUCAGGUGCCAUCAGUGCCAUCAAGUCCGAGAACAAAAACUCAGGCUUUAAACGCUCUCGGACACUGGAGAUCAAACUCAAGGACCCUGAGAAAGGCCCAGUUCCUGCUUUCCUGCCAUUCCAAAGGAGUGUAUCGACAGAUGAAGAGCAACCUGAGUCUGGCAAGAGAGCCCACAGAAAAUCUCUGUACGAGAGCUUUGUCAGCUCCGGUGACCGAUCCCGCGACGACGAUGAUGGAGGUGCCAUGUCGUCCAGCCAUGACAUGGACAGAGACAGAGAGAGAGACCGUGACCGAGACAUGGAUCGAGACAGGGACCGGGACCGAGACAGAGAAAGAGACAGGGACAGGGACAGAGACAGAGACAGAGACCGUGAUAGGGACAGGGACAGAGACAGAGAUAGAGGCAGGGACAGAGACAGAGACAGAGACCGUGACCGUGACCGCGAGAGGGACCGGAGUAGAGACAGGGAUCGAGACCGUGAGAGGGAUCGGGACCGAGACCGAGACGGACCUUUCAGACGGUCGGACUCGUACCCGGAGCGGAGAGGGGUGCGCAAAGGGAACACGGUGUAUGUCUAUGGCUCUGGGCUCGUUGAAGACAGCCUGCGCUCUGCCUUCUCUCAACACGGCAACAUCAUCGACCUCUCCAUGGACAACCCGCGCAACUGUGCAUUCAUCACCUUUGAGAAGAUGGAGUCUGCAGACCAGGCUGUAGCUGAGCUGAAUGGAAGCACCGUGGGAGACGUUCACAUCAAAGUCAGCAUCGCCAGGAAACAGCCCAUGUUGGACGCAGCCACCGGCAAAUCUGUCUGGGCCUCUCUGGCUGUGCAGAACAGUGCUAAAGGUUCCUACAGGGACAAGAGGAACCAAGUUGUUUACAGUGAAGAUUUCCUUUGAGAACAUGAUGCUGAAUUGUCUGGGAAACAAAAUGGACUUUGUUUAAAGAAAAAAAAAGUUUUCAGUCUUGUUUUUUGCCAUAUUGCUUUUCAUUUUGUUAAUACCCCAUUAGCAAAGUUCUGUUUGUCUGUGUUAGAUACAUAGAUAAAACAUUUUUCUGAUGUCAUUUGACCUUCAGUCGCUCACACAGUCGGUGUGUUAUCCUGUGCAUGUUAGCUUUGUGCUUGAAGCCACAGCUAUUGUUUUGUGGAGCUCAAUAAAUACAAUCAUUAUAUGUUA